UUCUGUGGAUCUGGGGAAGGGGCAGCCCAUGAGUCGACCGCCUUUAAAAGCUCAAGGGAGGCAGAAGCCAAGACUCGCAUCCAAUUAGCCUCGGCAAUUCGCGUCGCUCCAUUUUGCUUCAAGGCGGUGGGCGUGGCUUCUCCCGGCUCUUCUUGUGGGGCGGGAAUAGUCUCGAUUCGCACGUGUGCCUGGAAGCGGGAUGGAUGUGGGAGCCGGGGAGUUUGAGGAGAAGUUGCCGAAGCUGCAGGAGCUCAUCCUCGGCUGCGACUUUGUCGGCCUUGACAUGGAGUUCACAGGUUUGCAUUCUACCUUUCCACCCAGUAAUCAGCACAGCCUCUUUGAUUCACCUGCUGAGUGCUAUCAAAAAGCCAGACAGAGUGUCCAGCAAUUUACAGUGAGUCAGCUUGGUUUGUCAAUAUUUUCCAAUGAAAAAGCCAACAAGUACGUGGCUCAUUCCUAUAACUUUUUUCUCCUUCCCAUGACAUUUGGCCAAAUGGAUUCUGAGGUCUGUUUCCAAACAUCUAGCAUUCAGUUCUUGUCUCGCUAUGGUUUUGACUACAACAAGUUUCUUAAAGAUGGAAUCCCAUACAUGAAUGAAGCACAAGAGAAGAAACUUCAGCAACAACUUUUGCCCGGGAGCUUGAUGGUCCACAGUGCCUUUGAAAAGGACAAGCUGAAAAAAGUGAUUGAUGAAGUAACUUGCUGGGUGUCAUCAGCAGAAGUGAAAGAUUCUAUGGUUCUGCGCGAUAUAUAUGGCUUCCAGGUGUUUGAAAUACAGCUGAUUCUAAGACGAGCUAUUCAAGAUAUUUGGACGAUUCCUUUAGGAGGUCAAAAAGUGAUGGUGAAGAAGAUGAGUCCACAGCAUCGCUGGCAGCUGGAAAAUACUUCUUACGAUUCUUGUCGGAGAGAGCAAAUUCUGUUCUCUGCAAGGGGUUUCACCAACCUUUUCCAGACACUAGUUAAAGCAAAGAAGCCACUGGUGGGACACAAUAUGCUGAUGGAUCUUCUGCAUCUGCAUGAGAAUUUUUACAAGCCCCUCCCUGAAAACUACGAUGAAUUUAAAAAGAACAUACAUGCCCUGUUUCCUGUUGUCAUGGACACAAAGAACAUAGCAAAGACCACCUGGAAGGAGUUCCAGUUUCCUCGAGCUAAAAAUCUUUUGGAGCUUUAUAAAGUUCUGAACGGCAGUGACGUGAAUCCCACAAACCAGCCUUGUCCAGAGAUCUUUCAUGCAAGCGACUGCCUCAGAUACGCUACAAAAGAGUCUCCUCAUGAGGCGGCCUAUGAUGCAUUUCUCUGCGGAUCAGUUCUUCUGAAAAUAGCCCAUUUGCUUCUUGACAGAAUUUCUUGUGAUCCAACAAGGACUGCUCCCUCGUUUUCUCAGUACCUUGAUGUAUUGGCUGCAUGUGUGAAUCAAGUGAACGUUAUCCGAGCUGGUGUUCAGAAAAUAAAUUUUUCCGGUAUGGAUGACCCUAUAAAGCUUCCACCGCUCCUUAUCAUUAAUGUGCGAGGAUGGCCUGGGGUUGAUGAAGAGCAGAUCUAUCGGGAGUUUAAAAUCUUCUGCAGAUUUGAUGUGCGGCGGCUAAAGAGGAACCAGUUUCUCUUACUCUCCAAUAAUUUUAAAAAUGUCAGAAUGGUUUUGAGAGAAUAUAAAAAUCACCCCAACAUGCAGAUUUCCCCAUACCACCACUGGAGGCAUUCUCCACAAAAUUUGUGGCGUUGUGACCUCUUGGUCUCUGCUGGCAUUCUUCCUUGGAGGACCUGCCAAUUAUGCUUCAUAAGCAAUCAUCUACUGGAAGCAUUUUUAUCUGCUGUGUGUCCUUUUCUUCCUCAUCAUCACUGUAAGCGAUACUUACAAUAUAUUAAAAUACAUUGCAUUUCUCUAGUAGUCCCAAACCUAUGUGUGGUUCCUAAUGUGGGAAGUGCGAUGGAAGAGCAGGCCAUUGUCAAGUAGCGGAUAGGGAGGGGUAUAUUUCUGUAUUAAGAUUUUGCUAGAAGACAGUCCAUCAUUCUCUGUUCCCAGCUGCAUCUCAAUCUGAAUAAUUGUGGUCUUUCAAACAGUAGAUACCUGCCCAUAAAUUUUCUCCCUUCCAGGUGCCUUUGAUUCCAUACUUUUCCUCCUUUCCUCUCUUCCACUAUGAUCCUUUCUGGUUUUUGUAUAUAUUGGCUACUCUCUGAUCCUUCUUUUCUAACUGUGGCUUUUGCCGAAGUUUAUGUCGUGAUUUGAGAUUUCAGUCUCAUUCUGUAGUCAUCCAAUCACUGCAACCCACUGCAAAGUUUUUUUUUGGUAAGGUUAACGUUUUUUUAACCUUCCACAGGUCUACCUCUCCUUCAACGUCCUUGUUCUUGACCCCCUGACAUAGCAGAAAUGGACAAGUAGCCUCUGGCUCAAAUAAAAGAUGCAGUUGACUCUGCUGUAGAUCUUGGGUGGGUUAGAUAGAAGUGAUGAACAGCAAGAUAAAUUAUCUGUAAUUCAUUUAUCCUGGAGAUUGGAAUGCAAGUCAGCACUCCUCUUUAUAUGAGGAAUGUUGUUUGGUUUCUGAGGUGAGGCUAUUUUCAAGUCUCCUCUUCGUCUGCUUGUGUUGUUUGUUCUGUGUUUGUUUCAUAAUUCAAAGCUCUCUCUACAAAAAUCUCUAAGGCUUCCCAGGUGUUUUGCCUGCUCCACCAUCCAAUAGCAAAAUAUAAAAAAGGGUUGAUGCUGCUGGUUAUGGAAUCAAAUAACACAGAGAAUGUAAACACUGGUAUUUCUACUAUAUCAUCAUGCCAGUAGUCUAUAUGUUCCAAAAGUCUAGCUGACGCAUCAAAAAUUAGAAACAGAAUUACUGUCGCUGCAAUCGUCUUGUCGAGCAUUGUUUGUGUUUUCUCCUGCUUUUUGAUAAAAAUGGCCAUAGUACAAAAGACCAUGAUGGGCACAAAAA